CCUAAAAUCAAUUCCCAUGCCUGAAUUAACUGGAGAGUCAAAGAAGCAACACAGACUUGCUCUUAGAAUCGUGGGCUCCAGUUAACAGAUCUGGGCGUUCUCGGGGCCUCGUGAAAAUGGGGAGCCCAUGUGCUUCACCUUGACCUCCGCAGAGGUGAGCUGCACUGCUCUCUGGACUCUGGAGAGGAGGAACUUCUGAUCUGCUGGCAAGAAAGUGGAAGACAUGAGCCCAGGGGCAGAAAGACGGCCAUGGCUAUCAUGCAAAUAAGGACUGUGAUUGGCUUUCUCUUCCUGCUCAUGUUGUCACUGGAGGCUCUCGGCCCCAGAGAUUAGGUUUCAGUGGGAGAUUUUCAGGUUCAAGGACUGUUAAUGGUUUGUAACUGCCUGACAAUAAGCUCAGCCUCCAAGUUACAUCAUCCUGGGCAGAUGUCUGAUGAUAGGAGGACAGAGCAAGAAGUGAGAAUCCGAGAAUCCGGAGCACAGGGAUGCAGUUUGCCACCUGCCUGCUGGACUGAGCUCUGAAUGGGAUUUAAGUUUCUAAGCCCUAUGUGGGCAUCCUGGAAAUGGUGGUCUUCAUUAACGCAAAGAUCAAGUCUUUCAUUAAGCUAUUUAAGAAGAAAACGGUCUCCAACCUCGAUGAGGAGAGCAGAUGGACGGUCCACUACACCGCGCCUUGGCACCAGCAGGAGAACGUGUUCCUCCCCACCUCGAGGCCCCCCUGCGUGGAGGACCUGCACCGCCAAGCCAAGCUCAACCUCAAAUCCGUGCUGAGGGAAUGUGAUAAGCUGCGACGAGAUGGCUACCGGAGUUCUCAGUACUACUCCCAGGGACCCACCUUCGCCAGCUCCGGUCCACCCAGCGAUGAGUAUCAAGAUGAGGAUGAUGAAACGGAUCAGAAGGGUUCUGUCUCCUCCUCGGAAGAGGAAAGACAUAUGCCCACCAGGAGACCUAAAACGCCAACCUCAAGUGACUUCCCUGAUCUUAAUACUCAGACGAACUGGGCCAAGUCUCUUCCCUUGCCAACGCCAGAAGAGAAGAUGCGGCUGCACGCCCAGACAGUCCAGGCUGAUGUGGUUCCGAUUAACAUAACCGGGGAGAAUUUCGAUCGCCAGGCCAGCCUUCGGCGGUCUCUAAUUUACACAGACACACUGGUAAGACGACCGAAGAAAGUCAAAAGGAGAAAGACUAUUACAGGAAUCCCUGACAACAUACAGAAGGAGCUAGCCUCCGGCAGCGGCCAGGAUGGUACCGGCGGCCCCUCGGCCUAUGCCCCUGACCACUGCUCCACGCUGGGGAGGCACGGCGGCUGCCGGCCCGCGGGGCCGCGCUCGGAGACCCGGGACUCCAGCUGCCAGACGGAGGAGGUGAAGGUCGUGCCGCCUUCCAUGCGGAGAAUCCGGGCCCAGAAGGGGCUGGGCAUCGCCGCCCAGAUGAGCCACCUGUCGGGCUCCUCGGGGAACAUGUCUGUGCUGAGCGACUCUGCGGGCGUCGUGUUCCCCUCGCGCCUCUACACGGACGCGGGUUUCCACAGUCUGCCCCGCUCCGCGGCCAGGGCCAGCCUGCAGGGCCCCGCACAAGACCUGGACGGCGCGUUGGAAAACUUAGGGCAGUUAGGAGGCGCCUCGAGGUCUGGGACGCUCUGCAGGCCCAAGUCCCAGGAGCUGAGGCGCUUGGAGGGUGAAAACAGGGCAGGCCCCGCAUGCGUGGUGUCCCCCCACGGGACCUACAGCACCAGCGUCAUCCCCAACGCCACCCUCUCCUCCUCCUCGGAGGUCAUUGCCAUUCAGACCGCUCAGGGCUUGGGGCAGCCGGACGGCAAGAGGACCCGCUCCGCGCCCCACGCGAAGGGGAAGUCCAGAGACCCCCUGCUGUCCAGGCACGCCGGCGAAGGCGAUCGCCGGUCCCCCGGGGGUCCCUGGAGCGAGGGUCCCGCCUCCAUCCUCUCGCAGGCCUUCGACCCCCACCCCCCCAGGGCCGCCGCCCUCCUGGCCCUCUGCGACUCAGCGGGCUCCCUCCGCACCCCUGCGAACCAGGAGAACGGGUCCCACGCCAUGGCCUACGCCUGUCGGAGGAACCCGCACUUCCCACCCCACCCCCAGGAUGCGGACGUCAAGAGCGAGCCCGGUUACCCCGGAGGCAGGGAGCCCUCGGACUGCAGCAGCGCCUCCGGGAGCGGGCGGGCGUCCCCCCUGAAGCCUCCGCCGGCGACCCCUGGCUGCUCCACUCCCGGGAGUAACCUGAGCAGCUGCAGCUUGGACCAGGCGUCCCACAGAGAGGGCGCCAGGUCCCUGUACACCGAGGACCACGACGGCUACUAUGCAUCUCUGCACCCGGAUGCUGGGCAUGGGCCUGGCCAUCCGUGCAGCAACAGCGGCAGCAGCAGCAGCAGCAACGGCUUCGGGCACCCCCGGCACAGCGUGAUCAACGUUUUCGACGGCAGGGCUCCGAAGAACCCAGGGGACAGGGCCCAUUCUCGAAACAUCUCCUUGAAGAAGGCCAAGAAGCCGCCUCUGCCCCCGUCCCGCACGGACUCCCUGCGCAGGGUCCCCAAGAAGAACAGCAACGCCCCGGCGGCGGCGGCGGAGGCGGCCAACGGGCAGGUGCUCAACGAGAGCCUGAUCGCCUCCCUCCAGCACUCGCUGCAGCUGAGCCUGCGGGCCCAGGGCGGCCUGUCGCCCUCGCAGAGCCCCUGCAGCGACCUGGAGGAGCCGUGGCUGCCGCGCUCCCGCAGCCAGAGCACCGUGAGCGGGGGCAGCAGCCUGGCCUCGGCCGCCACCGCGCCCCACGGCGGCGGCUGCGCGCCCGGCGGGCUCACCCCGACCCAGAGCGACACGAGCAGCGUCAAGUCCGAGUACACGGACCCCUGGGGCUACUACAUCGACUACACGGGCCUGCAGGACGACCCUGCCAACCCCGGCGGCGGCGGUGGUGCAGCUGGCGGUGGGGCGCCAGCGGGGAACGGGCCGGGGCCUCACGUCCAAGAGGGGUGCAGGGCCGGGGCCCCCCACCUGCCCGGAGGCUCCGUCAAACCGAAGGUCACGUCCCCCGAGAAGCCCCACCGGGUCACCUCUCCGUCCAGCGGCUACUCCAGCCAGUCCAACACGCCCACCGCGCUCACGCCCGUGCCCGUGUUUCUGAAGCCCCUGUCGCCCGCCAACGGGAAGGGGAAGCCCAAGCCCAAGGUCCCGGAGAGGAAGUCCUCCCUGGUGUCUUCGGUCUCCAUCUCCUCGUCGUCCACGUCCCUCUCCUCCAACACGUCCACGGAGGGCGGCGGCACGGUGAGGAGGCUGGACUCGGCCCCGGCCGCCCUCCUGGCCGGCCCCUCUCUCCCCUCGCCUUUGUCUCCGUGUGCUGCGGACAAGUCUCCUUUCCUCCCUCCUCCCCCGCCCUUAGCUGAUUCCCCCGAGGGCCCCCCUCUGCCUCGGUCUCCCCUGUUCCCCCCUCCGCCCCCAGAGGUUCUCUCUCCCUUUGGUUCUCCUCCUGAUUCCUGCUUUCCUCCUCCCCCCACCGCCCGGAGCCCGCUUCUGGACGCGCCUGCCCCGCUGCUGCCCCCUCCACCCUCUUUGCCCUCCUCCGUCCCUCCUCCUGCCCCACCACUCGACCCCAAGCUGAUGAAAGAGGCCAAGCAGUCCUCCUUCAAAAAGUCUAGCCAGCCAGUGUCCCCCCAGGAGGCCUCCAGACCGCCGGGGAGCAAGGAGGACGGUGGCAGGCCGCCCCUGCCCCUGAUCACCACCGAGGCCCUGCAGACGGUGCAGCUGAGGCCGGUGAGAAAGGGCCCGGGAGCCCCCGGAGCACCGCUAUCCGAACAAGCAUCUCAGGAAAGACGAACCCCGCCUGUGCCCCAGUAUCAUCUGAAGCCAUCUGCCUUCCUGAAAUCCCGAAAUAGCAUAAAUGAAAUGGAGAGUGAAAGCCAGCCUGCCUCCGUGACAAGCUCGCUUCCGACUCCUGCCAAGAGCGUGAGUCAGGGUCACCAGGACGGUGCAGCCGAGCGUGGCCGCCCGAGCCGCAGCCCGGGCAGUGCCGCGGAGGCAGAGGCCGGGCCGGGCCCCGCCGCCGCCCCGCUCCAGAGGGCCCCCGGCCCUUCUCCCAGCAAAAAGCCGCCUCCCCCCAUCUCCAAGAAGCCCAAACUGUUCCUGGUGGUGCCGCCUCCGCAGAGAGAUCUCACCGUGGAGCCAGCGGAGAACGUGCGUGGAGCGGUGCCCAGCCCCACGAGGGGAGAGGCCAGCGAGAGCGGUGCAGCCCAGGCUGGUUCUGAUGAGACCGACUCCUCCGGCAGCCCGGUGCUUGAGGGAGGAGCUGCAGGAUCCACGUCCCCCGGCAGAAGGGAAGCCGAUGUGCCCAUGGUGCAGCCCAGCGCCUCGCCAGCCCCGGAGCAGGAGGAGCCAGGCGCCGAGAACAGCGCAGACCACGGGGGCCACGCAGAGGAGAGCUGCCUGGCUCUGCAGGACCCAGGGCCCCGGGUGCCGGAGACCGAGGCAGCCGGCUCUUCCCCAGAGGUCUUUGACUUCCUUAAGGAGGAAGGGAGCGAUGAGGUGAUGACCCCCAGCAGACCCCGGACCACCGAAGACCUCUUCGCGGCCAUUCACAGAUCCAAGAGGAAAGUCCUUGGCCGUAAAGACUCUGAGGACGAUCACGCCAGGAACCACUCUCCCUCCCCACCAGUGACUCCCACGGGCGCCGCCCCCAGCCUGGCCUCCCCAAAGCAGGUGGGAUCCAUCCAGAGGAGCGUCCGCAAGAGCAGCACCAGCAGCGACAACUUCAAGGCUCUGCUGCUGAAAAAGGGGAGCCGGUCAGACACCAGCGCCCGCAUGUCCGCGGCCGAGAUGCUCAAGAACACAGACCCUAGGUUCCAGAGAUCGAGGUCGGAGCCUGCGCCCGACGCUCCCGACAGCCCGUCCAGCUGCUCCCCGAGCAAGAGCCGAAGGGCCCAGGAGGAGUGGGCCAGGAACGAAGGCUUGAUGCCUCGGAGUCUGUCCUUUUCCGGCCCCCGGUACGGCCGCAGUCGAACCCCGCCUUCUGCGGCCAGCAGCCGGUACAGCCUGCGGAACCGCAUCCAGAGCAGCCCCAUGACCGUCAUCUCAGAGGGGGAAGGGGAGGCCACGGAGCCUGCGGACACCAGGGCUCGCCGUGCCCUGGGUGCUGCCAGGGGCUGUUCCCUGGACGGACUGGUGGGGGAUGACAUGGUUGGGGGCAGCCUGCAAUGUGGCCCCGCAGACGGGACAGCCAGUGCCCAGGGCAGGGGCCCAUUGGAACAGUGCGGGGGUGCCCUGAGGGAAGCGAGUUAGGGGCAAGAAUGGGACCUCCCAGGUGACAACCCACCGCUCCAGGAAGCCCGAGGAACCCUCCACUGUCUGCCCAGGGGUCCCACCCGUGUGCGUGCCGUGGACCCGGGCGCUGCCAUGCCUGCAGUGGGUGAGGGUCCCUGAGGACUCGGCACUUGCCCUGUGGCUUAAAAGCAAGUAGAAGCUUAACUUCUGAAAGUGCUUCCUGGGGAAGAUUUUUUUUUCUUUUUUCUAAAUGUUGGGUGUGUGUGAACAGGUGUGUAUGUGUGCAUUUUGAACACUUUUUAUGUUUAAAAAAAUAGACACACAAACAACAUGUACAGAUAUAGGAGGGGGAAAGACACAAAGUAAUGGAGGUUUCUGGACUAGGUGGUGAUGCUUUGAAAGUCUGUUGUGGAAAUGAGUGGGUUCUGGAAGGGAGAGGACCGCUCUUGGAGAACGAGGUGGUAGAUUUGCUGGUUCUGAGUGCACAGAACGCAUGGGUAUAUGCACAGGUGUGCUUUCAUGGUGAACCCGAAAGGUAGGGAAAGGGCUAAGUGACUAAUUGGUUCAGGUACUUUUUUCUGGGGGAAAAAAGGCUUUUGUUUCUUUUUUUGUAAAAAUGACAAACAUGUGGAAGUGGAAACGCUGUGGUCGGAGCCUGCUGCCCUGCAGCCACAGACACCACUCUCAGCCCGAUGUUUAGAAACAUGGGUGAUUUUUAAAUGAAUUUCCUCCUUUCUAGCGAGGACCUUCGAGAACUGAAAUGAGGGUGUGCACAUGCAGAGAGGGUGAGAGAAGGCAGAGGAGCGAGUGAUACACUGCUGCAAUUUGUUUUCUGCUAAUGAAAUAAACUUAUUUUUCAGAAUGAAAUUUGAAAACUUGCACUACAGAACUGUGGGUGGAGCUUUUCCUUGUACAACUGUUUUUUACCAGAGUUUAAACUUACGUUUGGCAAUUUCUUACCACUUGAAACGUCAACAUUUGCUAACUUUUGGAUAUCCUUUUGGUUACACCAAAGAAAAAGUUAUGGCUAUUUUUCCUUGAACUGCCUGCAGUACCAUAUCCUCACUGAGAAAGGUUUAUCGAAAUCUAUUAUAUAUUAUCUUACUUUGACAAAAAUGCUGAAUAGCUCUUGUUAGUCUAAUAAACUGAUAAAAAUUGGUAGGGCUUGGCAAUGAAUUGGCCCUGGGAAAUGAGUUUUUAGAUUAAAAAGAUUUUUUUUUGCA